AUGGGCAAGUUUUCUGAAGAAACAAAAAAACAAGUCACUUUAUGGCAUGAUAUCAUUCAAAAUAAACAUAAGGAUGAUGACGAUGAAAUUUUUUGUAACGACCCAUUAUUAAUCAUCGAAUAUAAUCAACCGGGUCUCGCAAGCCGAAAUAUCACUGAAAAUAAUGUUAGCGCAGUAAUCAGAGGAACUCCAAACUAUACUCCUAUCGCAUUUCCAAGGGCAAACCUGGCACAAUCAAAUUCUGUAUUCGCAUUUAACGAUAUGCAGAUAAUGGAAGAUGCUAUUGCACGAUUAUUUGAAAACUAUAAUAACAAUGUGACAGGACGACAAGAUCCUAUUGUUGGACGGGUAUAUUAUGUGUUAUUUCGCAGGGCCAAUCCAUUUGAUGUUAUUGAACGACAACAUGUUUUUGAUUGA